UCAUUGUUGCGUUUCUUUGAUCAAAGAAUCCCAGAAGUGAUCAUGUCAAGAAUCCAAGUGAAAGCCUGCUUAGCUUACAAGAUAUGAAGAAGAUGAGAAAAUUAUAAGCCUUCAUAUCGAUCUACGCUACUUCUCGUGUGGUUUUAUCGCGCACACACAUCCUAGCAUACUUCCUUCGCGCCGGCUCUUUGUCCUGGCCCCGGUCCUAGAGGGUCUGAAGGAGCUCUUCUCGUCUGCGAUAUAGACCCACGUCCCUAGAACAACCCCGCGAAGUUCAUAGCCACGAAUUUGGCCUUGCCACCCCUUUGCAUACAUUGACGCCUGCGCCAUGUUAGCUGAUGGCGGAAUCGGCGCCUAGGUGCAGCUUACACUACCCUGGACAUGGACACUUAGGUAUACGCCCACCCAAAACACCCCCGUCUCCCCCCGGAUACUAUUCUACGAGGGCAGGUGAGAAUACCAUUACCUCGAUGCUACUCAUUGACAGUACAUCACUGGUUUGAUGCAGAGUAAUUAAUCUAAUGCAAGGGGUAUGCCUUCAGGUACACUCAUGUCAUAAUUUCCAUAUUGAGCACCAGUGUAGGCAGCGAAAUUUCUCACCUUAACAAGUUCCUAUUCCCCAUGAGACCAUGACUGUGUAAUCGCUCUUGCGACAUAUCCAUAAUACUUGAGUCGCCACGAACGCUGUGUCAUUUACCCAUUGCCAUAAUUGAAAAUGGAGUCCCACUGUAAUAUCUGGUUAUCCCGGUACCUAUUCAGUAUUACUAUUGUAUUCAUGGCGGUGAUAUAUGCAACAAUACUGAGGCUGUACCCGCGACCGAUACCAGGAGUUCCUUAUAAUUUAUAUGCUACCAAGCGAAUCACAGGGGACCUGGUUGAGGUACAAGCAAGGCAGAAAGCUGUAGGAAGUAUUCGACCAUGGUUUCUUGAGCAAGCGCAAAGGCACGGGUCAGCAAUCGUUCAAAUCUUUCUUGGACCUUUUGCACCACCAGCAAUUCUUCUCUCCGACUACCGAGAGGUCUAUGAUAUCUUAACUUAUCGCGCAGCCGACUUUCAGCGUGGUAAGAAGGUGGAAGUGUUCAAGGGCAUCUUGCCCCAUGCGUACCCUUCUAUGGAGUCAUUUGAUCCCAAGUACAAGGAUGGCAGGGCUAUAAUGAAAGGUCUCAUGACCCCUUCUUUUUUACAGAGUGUUUCCGCGUCUCAAUUAUAUCGUGUGAAUGUUGAGCUUUUGGAAUUGUGGAGGCUAAAAUGCCACAUGAGCCGUGGUCGUCCUUUUGAUAUUGCCGAUGACAUCUUAACGUUUUCCUUUGACGCGAUUCUGAGUACUGCUACUGGUCCACCGGACAGUGGUGGAGAUCUGCAACACCAGAUGUCAAACUUGCAAUUGCAUGCCGAAAAGCUCACUUCGAUCACUAGAAAAAUGGCCUCUGUGGAUGAACCCAUUUCUUUCCCCGUUACCAGCCCAUCCCCUGUAAGGAAGGCAUUAUCGGUCGAAGAGGAAAGCUUGUGGAAAGGCUUUUACAUGCCAUCACCACGCCUUUAUCAUUGGUUCAACAACUUGCGCCCAGCUGUGCGAAAGUCAAGGCAGACCAUGCGGACUUUCAUAAGUGCACGAAUCGAAACGUCAGCUCUGAAUAUAAGAAAGGGGUACGAUCCUCAAUGUGCUCUUGAUUAUAUCCUACGAGGUCAGGUCCAUGAUGCUGAAAAGGUCGGGCGUUCCCCAGUAUUUGAGGACCCACGCAUUAGAGAUAGUAUAUAUGGAUAUAUUAUUGCCGGCCACGACACUUCUGCCGGUUCGUUGCUAUGGCUUCUGACACAACUAGUUGCGUAUCAGGCAGAGCAGAAAAGAGUUCGAGAGGACCUAUACAAUACAUAUUCGGCUGCUUGGGCAGAGAAUCGUUUGCCAACAGUAUCGGAACUUUCAAAGCCCGCCCCGUAUCUUAAUGCAUUCAUUGAGGAAGUUCUACGUGUCAACUGCCCCGUCGUAACUAUCAUGGUCAAUACACGAAGAGAUACAACAAUACUGGGCUAUCAAAUUCCUAAGCACACUGCUGUAUUCCUCAAUCUUACGGGAUCGUCUCUAUCCGAGCCGUCCGUUCCUGUGGAGGAAUCUUUACGAAGCCCGACUUCACGGUCUUGCGCAUCUAGGAGGGGAAACUGGGAUAAAGCUGACUCUACGAAAUUUUCUCCUAGUCGUUGGCUGCGCCAAACAUCAGACGGAAAACUUAUUUUUGAUCGCUCAAGUGGCCCAACCCUCUCAUUCAGCUCAGGAGAAAGAGGUUGCUGGGGUAGGAGCCUAGGAUAUUUGGAGCUCAGAAUUAUGCUGACUUUGCUACUUUGGACCUUUGAACUUCGCGAGAUACCGGAGUGCCUGAGAUCGGUGGAGACUUACGAUUCGUUGGUAACAGCACCAAAACACUGCUUCAUAAGGCUAUCUGAAAUAGUGCCAGGAAAGGGUCAGGCAGCUUGACACUAGACACAAAAAUCUAAGUAAUUACCAAACACGGUAAUUAUGUCGUGAAGUUAUCCCAUAAGCCGACAUAUAAUCAUGGUCUGCAUUUGUCUUGUAAUCCAAUAUUUAUACAGUUUGUGAAUAAUAGCUGGUCGUAGUAUACCUCCAAGAUCAAUAUGGCGUUGUAAAUGCGGUGUAUAGCUACAAGGCGCUUGUGGAGCUUCAUCUUCGUCUGUCCCUCACUUCUAUCUAGGUUAAUUGAAGCAUUUCUUGUUGGCCUCCAUUAUCCUAAGAGGUCAUACUGGGGAAUCACUAGUGCGGCACUCAAGGAUUCGGUGCUUACCGCCAAGGUAAAGACGAUACACUCAGAAUCCCAAUGGCUCUUGUGAUUUCCGCGGUCUGUAUCAGUAUGUCUCUGCAAAUUUGCU